CUCUCUCUCUCUUUUUUUUCGUACACACAUAAAAUGGAACAUGUGUUGAGUUGGGAUGAAAAUAAAGUCAUCAAGUGGAUAACUGCUAUUGGUUAUUCUUCAUUUCAAAGACAAUUCAAAGAACAAGGAAUAACAGGAGACGUACUUGUUCAUCUUGAUCAUGAGUCAUUAAGGGAUUUAUCAGUGUCAACAGUGGGCCAAAGAAUGGACCUAUUGAAAAAUAUCUAUCAACUAAAGAUACAAUAUAAAGUACCAAUUAAUGAAUGGGACUAUAUUCCACCUAGUGUACUUUAUGAAACAGAUUGGUUAGGUCAGAAUGGAAUGGCAGACUACAGAAAGAUUGAAUCAGCCUUUCAAGAAAGAGAUGCUCGCAUUAAAAAGUUAAUAGAAGAUAUUGGAAGAAUGUCAAAUGAUAUCAAUACAUUAAAAGAAGAAAUCAGUCAACUAAAACAAUCCAAGAAGGAUACCAAUACAACAACAAGCAAGCUGACUUCUUCUUCUAAGGGGCAUAAGACUAAAGAUGAAGAGAAGAAAUUAAUUAAUGAUGGUGGCGCUAUUAAGGUCUAUGGUGAUAAGAUGGAACAAGAAAUAGAAUCAUCCAAGAAUGUACGUCUGUUAUUAGAUGAUCCUGCUUCAAAGGUGAUCUGUUCUGCAUUAAAGAAAUACAAUAUUGCAAGUGAUUGGCAACAGUACGCCCUUUGGAUAAAAUAUGGACCUCCUGAUAACAUCCAAGAAAGAGCCCUCGCUUAUGAUGAGAAACCCUUAAGAAUAUCUCAAAAAUUAAAAGACGCUAAACAAAAUCCGAUGUUUGUUUUGAAAAGUGUCAAAGACAAUAAGCCAUUUACCCCGCCUUCAAGCUAUACAAAUCCAAGAAUAGCUCCUCCAGCACCUCAACAACAACAACAGCAUCAUCAUCAUCAUCAACAAGAUAUAAAGUCAGGAAGAGUAGGUUAUGAAGUUGUAGUACCUGUCAUGUCAUCUUCUAUUUCUUCUCCUACCAUUGCUACACAACAUAGCAACAAUAGUACAUCAAGUCUAUCAACCAAAAAGAAUAAGCUAGUAACAACACCGACUAUAGAAUAUCAUAACGAAUUAGGUCUAGACAACGCUAUCGUCAACGCUAUUUUUACAAUCAAUAAUUCCUAGAAUAAAUUUAUUUUUGCAUAAGAAAACCACGCUGAGAUUAGAUAAUUGAUUUCCAGCCAAAAAAGUGUCUUGCC